AUGGCCUCAGCAACUCGCAAACCAAUCCUCAUAUCCGGAGCAGGCCUAGCAUCUCUCCUUCUAGCACGAAGUCUCCUCCGCAACUCCAUCCCCUUCCUCGUCUUCGAGCGUGAUCAAUCUCUUUCCUUCCGCGGUCAAGGGUACAGAUUACGCCUAUCAGCCCAGGGACUAGAUGCCAUUGAAGAUGUCCUAGGUCCCGGUCCUGAAGGCUUCCCCAAAUUCUGGGAUAAAUGUGGGAAAACCGGCGGAAGUAAAGGCGUCAGCGACAUCAACCCAGUCACCGGAGAGGAUAUUGAGGAGGCUCCCAAAGAUGAAACUACGAAAGCCGAGGAAUCUAGUGCCCUGCGUCCAUCGAAGGAAGCUCUGGCUUCAAGAGAUGGAAAGACGGUGGGCAUUGCUCGAGGCGAUAUGCGCGCUCUGUUCAUGGAAGGAUGCGAGCCAUAUGUGCAAUGGGGACAGCAAGUCACUGGCUACGAAUUAACACCCGAAGGAGUCAAGGCGGUUUUCCAAGACGGCUCGAAAUCCGUCGAAGGCGAGAUGUUGGUCGGAGGAGAAGGCAUCUACUCCAAAAUCGCCAAGCAAGUCUCGCAAGGAAAAAUCAAGACGUACGACACCGGAGCCAGGGGAAUCCACGGGCAAGCUCCCACAACUGCCUUCAAAGCUCUCGGCGAAGGAGUCUGGAUGCUCAAAGAUAAAACUAAUCCGGACGGCCACGUCUUCGCAAUCACAAACGUUCGUCCGGGAGAUAUGGAUGAUCCCAACAUCCAAUUCGGCUGGACAAUGGGUGGACAACCCGGCGUCAUCAAACCUCCCAAUGAUAACUUUUCCAUCAUCGGCAAACCAGCUGCUGAUAUUGCGAAAUCAUUGACAGCGAAUUGGCAUCCGCGUGUGAGGUCUCUAUUCGAGCAAAUGGAUGAAAAGGAAGCGGCGUUUUGGAAAAUCACUUGUUCUUCCCCAUCUGGUGUCCCGGAAUGGCCCAAUGACCCUCGAGUCACGGUGAUUGGGGAUGCGGUGCACAGCAUGACGCCUGCGGGAGGUAUUGGAGCGAACACGGCGUGUCGAGAUUCGGCUUUGCUGGGGAAAUUGUUGGGGGAAGCUGGAGGGUGGAAAGAGGGUGUCACGGCCGCGUAUGAGAAGGAGAUGAGAGUGUAUGGAAGCGAAGCCGUCGCGACGAGCUAUGGUAUGGCCACUCACACGUUCGGCAUCAAUAUCGACGAGGCGACGACUCCUACUGUUGGAUGA